AUGGACACCAUGGAAGGAGUCAGUCUACAGGCGGUCACGCUAGCGGAUGGCUCAACAGCGUACAUACAGCAUAAUGCGAAAGAUGGUAAAUUGAUGGAAGGACAGGUCAUCCAGCUGGAGGACGGCUCUGCGGCCUACGUCCAUCACGUCCCCAAAAGUGGUAAGUGCCGUUACAGUCUCCGCCUGGAGGAUGGGCAGGCUGUGCAGCUGGAAGACGGGACCACCGCUUACAUCCAUCACUCUACCAAAGAAUCCUAUGACCAGAGCUCCGUCCAGGCCGUGCAGCUCGAAGAUGGCACGACGGCGUAUAUCCACCACACGGUGCAGGUGCCUCAGCCCGACACCAUCCUGGCUAUCCAGGCAGACGGCACGGUGGCCGGACUACACACGGGAGAAGCCACCAUCGACCCGGACACGAUCAGCGCUUUAGAACAAUAUGCCGCCAAGGUGUCGAUCGAAGGUGGAGAGAAUGUGGCCGGCGGCACCUUAAUCACCGAAUCCGAGACGGAGAAGAAAAUGCAGAUUGUUCUACAAGGUCACGGGCCUCGAGUAACGGCAAAACCCCCGCAGACAAACGAGAAGGCCUUUCGCUGCGACUUCGAUGGUUGUGGCAAACUGUACACAACCGCACACCAUCUUAAGGUCCAUGAACGAUCACACACGGGGGACCGGCCUUAUCAGUGUGAACAUGGCGGAUGUGGAAAAGCGUUUGCAACAGGUUACGGAUUGAAAAGCCACGUACGCACUCACACGGGAGAGAAGCCUUACAGAUGUACAGAGGAAAAUUGCACCAAAUCAUUCAAAACAUCAGGAGAUCUCCAGAAACACAUCCGAACGCACACAGGUGAAAGACCGUUCAAAUGUCCCUUUGAAGGCUGCGGAAGAUCGUUCACUACCUCCAACAUCCGUAAAGUUCACAUCCGAACGCACACGGGCGAGCGGCCUUACUACUGCUCAGAACCGGGCUGCGGCAGAGCGUUCGCCAGCGCCACCAACUACAAGAACCACGUGCGGAUACACACAGGUAUCAGUGUUGGGUUUCUCUGUUUAUAA